AUGCCUCCUCUACUCCUACACCGACACUCCCAAGAGAAACCCUGCCCUGGCUCCGGAACGCAGCAAAAGCGGCGAUUCUUGGAACGGCGAGGUCAGACCGGCCGCUUUAUCAUCGCGCUCCUCGCGACGGACGAUGUGCCGACGACAAAGUCCGAUGAGCGCACCACCCUGUUCAUCUCCGAACGGACUGUAUACCCGCAGGAGGAGCUCUACAACAUGAAAACCUUUGUGUAUGACUCCCCAGAAGAUGAUGCGAUUGUCCAGGCGAUGUACAUGAUCGACAGCCGUCUGCUCCUCCGGCCUACCGGCAGGGGUCUGGUCUCUACUAACCGCAACUUACUCCUGGAGCCUGAAGUCGCCGAAGCGGCCUCUCAAACUCUCGACACGCAGAUAGAGUUCGAGUGUAUCGAACGAGAGCUGGAGGAUACCAUCAACUCCGAACACGUCGAGAACAUCGAUGAAGCCAACAUCUUGGUGGCCCCCAAGCGCACCAGCAACGGCAAGUCAAAGCCCGCAGGCACGCAGCAGUCCAAGUCCUCGCGCAAGAUCCUCAUCACCGCCGGCGAGGGCCCGACCGGCCGCCUCAUCAUUGAGCUCCUCACAACGGACGACGUGUACGUGAACAAGUACGGCGAGCUCACUGCCCUUGUCUUCUCCGAACAGGCCAAUUCCGUCCUCGAGGAGUUCGAGACCGUGAAGACGGUUGUGUACGACCCCAAGGACGAAGGGGCGCUCGUCGACGCGAUGUCUCUCGUCGAUACCUGUCUCCUCAUCCCUCCCGCGCGCAAGGCACGUCUUCGCGCCACGCUCGCCAGGCAUCCCAAGGGCGACACCUCUUCCGCGGACACCGGCUACUCGCCCUGCCUCACCCGCACAGGGUUCUACGCCGAGAACCUGCUGCUGUAUUCGAAACAGGCUCUGGGAAAGGGGAAGCUCCCGCUACCAAUUGGGGAGGACCACAAUUUCGCGCCGGUCGCGCUCGGGGACGUUGCGCAGAUGACGGCGUAUGUGGUCACGUCGGACGGCCCGCACGGGCUCGCAAACGAUGUGCGCGAUCAGGUUAUUGUCGCGACGGGUCCCCAGCUCACUGCGGGGCCGGAGCUUCCGCAGGCGGCGUCGCAGGCGCUCGGCACGAAGAUGGAGUUUGAGAGCAUCCACGAGGAUACCAUGAAGAAGAUCCUCAGCUCCGAGCAGGGCGAAGAGGUCGACGAAGCCAAGCUCGAGUACCUGCUCGAGUACUACGCGCUCGUGCGCGCCGGCAAGACGAACUACGUCGCGACGACCGCGAUGCUCGCGUUCCUCGGGCACCGCGGCCAGGAGCCGACCGAGUUCUUCAAAACUUACUCUGCGGAGUUCAAGCCGAAGAAGCCGCGCACGACGAAGACCGGGGGCGCAGAGAUUGCAUCGAAGAGCGUACCGACGCGCGUGUCUGGACGGGGAGAGGGCGCAGCUCCUGGUGUAAAGAGCGCAGGCCACGACGAUAUCGAGAUAAAGCGCGAGAUGCUGCUUGUAUUCUCUCUGCCGCUCACGAUCACCCAUGUACCGCUGGGCGAGACGUGGGCAAAGGACGGUCAGCAUGCUCGCUAA